UGAGAGAGGAAAUGGAUGGGGAUAUAUUGCAGCUCUUUACCGUGUUGCAUCCCCUGCAAGUCGCUUCUCGAUUCAUAAUCUGGUCAAAGUGAAAGCGCGAUCCGGCUUUGGAUCUCAAUACCAUUGAGUCAUCUUGACCUUUUAAUGAGGCAUCAGUGGGAGAACACAUUCGAAUAAGGAUGCAUGCAUUUUUUUUUCCCUCCCUUGCACUCUGUUAUGUUUACCGUUUAAAUAUAAACCCUCCCUACACCGUAUUUCAUCCACUUUCAAUGUUCUCUCGUCUGUUCUGAUGAUAGGUCUUGCGAUGUUCUCAGUAUUCAUGAGUUUCCUAUUGCUGGAUCGUAUCUCCAAGCGUGGUGGUCCUGGUGGCCGCGGUGGACGCGGUGGUGCUAGGGGUGGUCGUGGCGGUGGCGGUGCCAGGGGUGGUGCCAAGGGCGGUGCCAAGGUCACUGUCGAACCCCAUAGACACGAAGGUAUCUUCGUCGCCCACGGAAAGGAGGACUACCUAUUGACCAAGAACUUGGUACCUGGCGAGUCUGUCUAUGGCGAGAAGAGAAUUGCAAUUGAGGGUGCUGAUGGUACCAAGACUGAGUACCGAGUUUGGAAUCCCUUCCGCUCCAAGGUUGCUGCUGGUAUUCUUGGAGGUGUUGAUCACAUCCAUAUUGCUCCUGGCAAGAAGGUUCUCUAUCUCGGUGCUGCAUCUGGAACCACCGUCUCCCAUGUUGCAGAUAUUGUCGGACCUGAGGGUCUUGUCUACGCAGUUGAGUUCUCGCACCGUUCUGGACGUGACUUGAUCAACAUGGCUAAGAAGCGCACCAAUGUCAUUCCCAUUAUUGAGGACGCCCGUCAUCCACACAAGUAUCGCAUGUUGGUCGGCGCCCACCAUUUCUUGAAGAAUAAUGGUCACAUUGUCAUCUCCAUCAAGGCCAAUUGUAUUGACUCAACCGUUGAUGCUGCCACUGUUUUCGCUGGUGAGAUUCCCAAACUCCAAGAGCAACGUAUUAAGCCUCAGGAGCAGUUGACAUUGGAGCCCUUCGAGAGAGACCACGCCUUGGUUGUCGGCAAAUAUGUUCGCUCCAAGUAAAUGGAGGUUAUAUUAGUUUAAAGUUUUUGUUUUCUAUAUGAAUAUUUUUUGCAUGGAAUAAAAUGUAUCAUUGUCAUCGGUUUGCA